AUGCCGUGCUGCAGCCAGAAUCAGCGUCACACGCCCGGGGUCCAAGGCUCGAACUCGGGGUCCAGGGUUCAGGGUUUAGGGUUUCGGCGGCUGCCGAAACCUGGGCCGUCAUGGAGCGUGAGCGGGACCGCCAACAGCACAUUCGGAAGUUUCGAGUCAGCCCCGGCCUUUCUGUGGAGCGCCCGGCUGCCUCUCGCGUUCAGGCCCGUGUGGCCGUGGUGGGGGAGAGCGGGGUGGGCAAGAGCGCCCUCCUGGAGGCCUACCUGUUCGGCGCACCCAGUGGGUCCAGCUCUGGCGGCCGGGAGGGACACGAGGGGACCGCCACGCUGCAGCCCAGAUACGCUGCCAGGAGAUUCCCCUGCGGCACAGUGGAGUUCUUCGGUGAGCCAAUCAGCCCACUCACGACACUCCCAUGCAUCACUGUGUGUGUCUGUCUGUCUGCCUGUCUGUCUGUCUGUCUGUCUGUGCACCUGUGUGUCAUCAGAUUUGCCUGGUCUGUCUGUUCCCUCUCUGCGUGACGGCUGCCUGCCUCUCCUGGAGCGGUGUGACGUCAUCAUUCUCGUCUAUGACAUCACACGGUACCCCACCUACGAACGGCUGACCACCCACUGGUGCAACGUCAUCCAGUCACUCAGCCACCGCCCCUCCCGCACUCCGCCAUUCGUAGUGGUGUUCGCCAACCAAAUCGACCGGUGCAUGGCGCCACCAGGCCGCAGCGAGGCCACCCACCCCCUCCCCCUCCCCCACUCUGCUGUGGUCAUGUCGGUUGCCAGCACAACAGAGGACUGCAGGUCGACAAGCGGCGAAGGGCCGGUGAGCAGCAACACGUCCCCCUCGCCCUUCUCGGCUGCACGGCCGGUGAGGGUGCGUGAAGCCGACCACCCACACAGUCUGGUGGAGGCGUCCAGGGACGGGCUGAGGUAUCUGUAUGAGCGGCUGAGCAGCUACGAGAUGCCCACACUGGCAGCAGCCAAGGCGACACUUGCCGGCCAGGGUGAGGGUGCCAGUGAGGGCAGGGGUGGGGCGGUGGAUGGUGCGUCGGGCAGUGGGCGGCAGGUGUCGACCUCACAGGCACUCAAGUGGACCAGACAGAAGGUGAGAAGGAGAACAGCUCUCAGACAGACAGACAGACAGACAGCAAGCUAUGUGUGUUCUGCAGGGUUACCCCUAUUUUGAGACGAGUGCCUUCAAUGUGGCGUCCGUCCGUCUGGCCGUCAACGACUCCCUCCUGACCUACUUCAGACAGCAAGAACAAGCCCAAACUUACCGCCAUGGUCCCUCGUUUGCCGAGUGGCUGUCGGUGCUGGACAGCCCCGAAGACCGGCAGUGCAUCGGGGGUGCGGUGCCACAGAUGUUUGCAGGCGACGAGCAGCCGAUGGACGAGCUCAAGGGAGGAGGGCUCUUCGGGGCGGGGAGGGCGUGUUGCGACGUCACGCAGAUGCCAUGUGUGACGCAGUGAGCGACGUUGAGAGAGAGGGGUACGUACGGUUAUUGGUGUGAGCGGAUGGGUGUUGGUGAUAUUAGUUUUCCGCCACGCCAUGCCAUGAGUGUCGAUCGACCAUGUCAGUCAGUCAGCUGUGUUGUGUAUUUGUCUGUCUCACUUUUUUCGUCUUGCUCGGUUGUGGGUGGUGGGUGGCAGUGUGCAGAUGGAUGGAUGGAUGGAGGGAUGGAUAACGGACGUGUGUGUAGAUGGCUGUGGGUAUAGCGGUGGACAGAGAGGCGGGAUGGAGGCUGACGUGGUGUGGUGUGGUGUGAUGUGCAGGUCGGUUGCUGUCCGGCUGGCCGACGGCUGGCCUGGCUGUGCGUGUAUAUCUUUGCAUUAGCUCGUCUCGGUCACUGAGAUGACUGACUCGUCGAAUGGUGAGUAUGUGUAAUUCAUGUUCAUGCCUUCGCGACGAAAGACUGAGUGCGGAUGGCUGGUGCUCUCUCAAUGCUUCUUUUGCAAA